GUUUAUUCAAAUAUGGAGAGAGAGAAGAAGCGUGUGAGUAUGGAGUCGCUACUGUAAGCUGUAAAACGCGAACUCAAACAUAAAGCGAAAAACCUCAAUUUCCUGUAAACCCUCAAUUCAUCAUCCCACCAGCAGCCGAGGUGUUGUGGAAACAAAUCCUGAAUCUCGACCUCCAACACAAGCACAAAUGGCGCAGAAUGGCGGCGGGAGGACGAAGCGAGAGAGGCCAAACAUACUUAUAACUGGCACGCCGGGGACAGGCAAAACGACGACGUCCGCGGCCCUGGCGGAGGCCGCCAAUCUCCGCCACAUCAACGUAGGUGAUUUGGUGAAGGAGAAGAGUCUCCACGACGGCUGGGACGACGAGUUCGACUGUUAUGUCAUCAACGAAGACCUCGUAUGCGAUGAGCUUGAAGAUGUGAUGGAACAAGGUGGAAACAUUGUAGAUCACCAUGGUUGCGACUUCUUUCCUGAACGUUGGUUUGAUCAUGUAGUGGUGCUCCAAACUGAUAAUUCCGUAUUGUAUGAUCGACUAGCUAAGAGGGGUUAUACGGGAAAAAAGCUCUCAAACAACGUUGAGUGCGAGAUCUUUCAGGUUAUGUUGGAGGAGGCCAAAGACAGCUAUCCAGAAAACAUUGUGGUGGCACUUAGGAGUGACUGCGUCGAAGAUAUAGAUAGAAAUAUUUCCACUCUGACUGAUUGGGUUACAAACUGGAGCUCAUUACCUUGAUUUUUCGCAAUGAUCUUGGAAAUGUACAACUGCGUUCUGCAUAUUUGCCUUGCUGUUCUUUGUAAUUUAGUUGUUACAAAUUUACUAGUGGGAGGGGAUGGAUGCCUAUUUUCUGCAGUGUGUUUUGCAGAUUUGAAUCAAUCUAUAGCUGUUUUUAUUUUUUAGGCUAUGAAUAGAUUACACACACUGCAGAAUGGUGUGUCUGUGGGUUUACUAUUUUCAACCAAACUCGAAUUCCCAUUCAAAUUUCAACCGUAUUGCAUUGAUGAA